GCAGAAGAGCAGGUGCGCUUCGCUGUCAGCGGCUCCAGGCUAUGGUCGGGGCUUGCGACGGGUCCGAGACUGAGGUGUAGUUUCCGUUUCUGACGGUUGUGAGGAGAGGAGACCGCAAGGAGGCGCCCUAGGAGGGUCAGUACACACCUAGCGCAACAUAGAACGGAAAACGAGAACUAAUGAGCGCCCAAGGAAACAGCAGUGUCGAUCCGGGUCAGAGCGAUGAUGACCUCACCAGUCUGUUGUAUGACCUGGAUGAAUUAUUGGAUGGCGUUAGUGAAGCAGAAGUUACUUCUGCAGCAGAUGUUCUUACUGAUAAAAAAGCUCCAGUUGUUGAUCAACCAGUACAAGAGGAGAACCGGAAAUGUCCUGCAGAAGAAAAGAGUCAUCCCAAUAAAAAUCCCUAUGAAGAAUGGUACUACAUGCAGGUCAUGCAGCUAUCCAAUGUGCUGGAGCGGGGCUUGACGGGAAUUUCCUCCGAACUGAAUCAGCUCAGUAGUUCUGUGUUUCAGUUAGUUUAUGGCAUGAAAGAAUGUGCAGACACCAUGGGAUUCUACGCAACCAGAAUGCUGGCAUUCCAGCAGGAAAUGCUUAAUGCCGCCUCAAAGGCAAACAUUUCUCUCCAAACUGGGGUCCAUCUGCUACACGAGCUCAAAGCUAAACAUGGUCCAUGUCUUCUGGACACCUGUAAGGCUUCCAACUGGGAUGGAAGAACAGGCCAGUCUGAUGAAGGCCGAUUCAAGAGACACUAUAGGGAUGUCCAGCCAAGAUCCCCCGAGGAUAAUGGUUCACAUUAUUCUAAAAGAGACAAAAAGAAGUAAAUGUCUAAUUUUAAGUGAAUAAUAAAAGUACUCAUAUCUCUUG